AGGUGAGGCAGUGAGAUAGCAUAAGUUUAAGUGACGCAUCUAUAAAAUCAAAUAUAUUAUGGCACGUGCAUAAGUUUAAGUGACGCAUCUAUAAAAUUAAAUAUAUUAUGGUAUGUGUUGAAAUAUAAUCGAGAGCAAGGAAGAACUCUCUGGUGCAAUCAAUCACACUGCAAUUUCUUAUUUUCUGAGCCCAAAAGAUUCAGGUUCAUUUCCACUUGUUUAAUUAUUUUUAUGAUAUAUUCUUAUCAUUUAUUCAUUUUCAUCCAUCCAAAAUUAAUCAAAUGUUUAUUUGAUCUUAGGAUUUUUAUACUAAUACGCAAAAUUAUUUCGAAAUUAAAAAACACUCGUCAAUUUUGAAUAUACGAAUCUAAACUGUAUUAUGUUUAAACUGGUCAAAAAAAAAAAUUGUCAAAUAUCUUAAAAUAACUUUUUUUACCUUUAAAAAAUUUCUAAAGUAUGAUAUUUACCGGAGCGAGGCUGGUCCCGGAUUGCCAGAGAUCUGCCCGCUACGUUAGGUCUUUGUGGCAGCGGAGAAUCAAGAAAGACUGAGAGAAAAAAAAAGGCUCAGAGCGACGGAAGAGAAGAAAGAAAGUAGUUAGGAAAAAAGAGGAAGGGAAAAAAAAAAAAAAAAAAAGGAAAAACAGAAACAUUGGGUUAUUUUGAUAUUCCUUCCCAGGCAUAUUGGAGAGGAGGAUCUCGGGAAGCUGCUGCUGCUCUCAACCACAGUACUCUUAUUUCUUAUUUUCCGGCCAAAAUAUUCAGGAGGUACGACAAUUUGGACGUGGAGAUGAGUUCUUCGAUUAACAUAAAGGAAGACCCCGACCCCCAUCCUGAUCAGUUGUGUAUUUAUAGAGUCCCCAAAAGCAUUCGUAAAGGAAAUCAAGAGGCUUACACUCCUCAAAUAGUUUCAAUCGGCCCUCUUCACUACGGCCGAGAAGAUCUCAAAGGCAUGGAAAAACAAAAACAGAAUUACGUAGCAAAGUUUUUCGAAGAAAGAACUGACAAGAAACGUGAGGAAGUCUUAGCCUUCAUCAUAAACCAAGAGCAAAAGAUACGAAAGUGUUAUUCAGAGGCCUGGGAGCGCGAGAGUGAAGUGUAUGUUGGGAUGAUUCUACGUGAUGCUAUUUUUGUCAUAGAGCUUUUCAUGAGGAAAUCUGGAAAUCAUAAAAGUGACUUUUUCAUAAAUACACCAGCGGAAAUGUAUGCUCUACAAUUGGACUUGCUUUUACUGGAAAACCAACUUCCAUAUUUUUUACUCGAGGACUUAUACAAGUUUUUAGUCCCCAAAGGCGAGUCCUUCAGGGAACUUUGUUUAAACUUCUUCAGGGAUCAGAUGUUUUUUCCGGACAAUCCCAAGACAGAGUUAAAAAAUGAGUUCAAACAUUUCACCGGUAUGCAAAGAGCUGCUCUAGUGGGAGAUUUCAAAAGAAAAAUGUCUACUUUUUGCCACUUACCUUGUGCCACAAAGCUACAAGAAUCAGGAGUGAAAUUCAGAUGUGCUUCUAAAGAGAGAUGCCCACUCGAGAUAAAAUUUAAGCAAGGCGAGCUGAGAAUCCCAGAACUGAGCGUUUUCCACGAGACAGACACCAUUCUAAGGAACAUCAUGGCUUUGGAGCAAUGUUGCUAUCACGGUUCUCUGGUCGUCUGUUCUUAUGUUCAACUUCUGGACUUUCUUAUAGAAGACAAAAGGGAUGCGCAGCUGCUUGUUGACGAGGGAAUUAUCCGCAAUUGGAUGGGCGACAGUAAGGCAUUAGCAAAUCUGUUCAACAAGCUGUGCGUAGAAAUUCCUUUAGCAGAAAAUCAUUAUCCUGAACUAUACAAGGAUCUGAAUGAUCACUGUGGCAAUUCAUGGAACCGCAACAAGGCAAGAUUGAAAAACUUUUAUUUUGGCGAUAUCUGGAAAGGCACAGCAACUGUUGCAGCUGCCAUCAUCUUGUUACUCACUUUUAUACAAACCAUGUACAACGUCAAGGAAUGGAUAUAUUAGAUUAAUGAAUUAUGUUGCAUUUGAAGCUUUGUGAUUUUGAUAAUUGAUGAUAAAGACUUUCUAUUUAUAUAUUA